ACCGUGUCGAAGGACAAGUCCAUCCACAUGCUGACAGUGGAGGAGGGACGGCUGGAAACGCGCUUCCCCAAGGCCCACAGCUCGGCUCUCAACUGCGUGCUGCCCAUCGAUCACCACGUCUUCGCCACGGGCGACGACAGCGGGGCGCUGAAGGUGUGGGACCUGAUCCUGCUGACGGCUAGCGGUGACGGCACCCUGGGCGUCUUCAACGUGAAGAGGCGGCGCUUUGAGCUGCUCUCGGAGCCACAGAACGGGGACCUGACAUCCGUGGUGCUGCUGAAGAGGGGGAAGAAGGUGGCGUGUGGCUCCAGCGAAGGCACCGUGUACCUUUUCAACUGGGACGGCUUUGGGGCUGCCAGCGACCGCUUUGCGCUGAGGGCUGAGUCUGUGGACUGCAUGGUCCCCGUCACGGAGAGCAUCAUAUGCGUGGGGUCCCUGGACGGAGUCAUUAG